AUGUACAAUCCUGCCCACUCAAUUGUUGUUGGCAACAAGCAGCCCCCACCAUCCACUUUGAAUGGGGGUAUUCAUCCACCAAACCCAGGUGCUCCGCUUCCAACGCAACCUACACCUCAACAACAACAACAACAACAACAGCAGCAGCAAUAUCAACAGCAGCAGCAGCAACAAGCUUCUCACGCUACCGGGCCAGGAAUGAUCGUUGCAGCAGCCCAGGCACAAGCUCAAGCUCAAGCUCAAGCACAAGCACAAGCUCUGGCCCAACAAGCACAAGCACAAGCACAGGCUCAGGGUAACCCCGUCGCAAACGCUUUGAGUGACAGCACGGCCUCCACCUGGCUAGCAAUUGGGUCCUUAGCUGAAAGUUUAGGAGAUUUCGACCGUGCUAUGUCUGCUUACGACUCGGCUUUGAGACAUUCGCCAAAUAACCCUGAAAUUUUAACUAAACUAGCCAAUGUUUACCGUUCAAAGGAUGUGUUUUUCAAAGCUGCAGAGUUGUAUGAACAGGCACUCAAUUUCAACCCAGAAAAUGGUGAAACUUGGGGUUUGUUAGGACAUUGCUACUUGAUGUUGGACGAUUUACAAAGAGCCUAUGCUGCUUAUCAACGUGCAUUGUAUUAUUUGGAAAAUCCCAAUGUACCGAAAUUGUGGCAUGGAAUCGGUAUUCUUUAUGACCGAUAUGGUUCUUUGGAAUACGCUGAAGAAGCAUUUGUUCGCGUGUUGGAAUUGGAUCCCAAUUUCGAAAAAGCCACCGAAAUUUAUUUCCGUUUGGGUAUUAUAUAUAAACACCAAGGCAAAUUGCAACCUGCAUUGGAAUGCUUCCAAUACAUUUUGAAUAACCCUCCACCACCAUUGACUCAGCCUGACGUUUGGUUCCAAAUUGGAUCGGUUUUGGAACAACAAAAGGACUGGAAUGGAGCUAAGGAAGCUUACGAAAAGGUACUACAAGUGAAUCCUCAACAUGCAAAAGUAUUGCAACAGUUGGGAUGCCUUUAUUCUCAAGCUGAACUGAACCCACCAACCCCAGGUCAAUCUAAUGGCUCCCAUCCAGCUCGACACGAGCCAUUCCAACAAGAUUUGAAUAUUGCAUUAAAAUACUUGACGCAAUCUUUAGAGAUUGAUUCUACUGAUGCCCACUCUUGGUAUUACUUGGGAAGAGUUCACAUGAUUAGAGGAGAUUUCAACGCAGCUUAUGAAGCUUUCCAACAAGCUGUUAAUCGUGACUCUAGAAACCCAACUUUUUGGUGCUCUAUUGGUGUAUUGUACUACCAAAUCAGUCAAUACCGCGAUGCUUUGGAUGCUUAUACCAGAGCAAUCAGAUUAAACCCCUACAUCAGCGAAGUUUGGUACGAUUUGGGAACCUUGUAUGAAACUUGCAACAACCAAAUUAGCGAUGCAUUAGACGCUUAUAGGCAAGCAGAAAGAUUGGAUCCAGGAAACCCUCAUAUAAAGGCAAGAUUGGAUCAAUUGAUCAAAUAUCAACAAGAAGGAAACACUCAUGCUCCUCAACCACCACCAUCUAUUCAACAACCAAGAUUACCGCAAGGAAUGGUUUUGGAAAGUAAUCAGCAACCAGGACAACAAGGGCUGCCCGUGCAACAAACCGGUGGCCAACAAUUGCAAGCUGGUCAAACGCCGGGACAACCUUUUGGACAGUUACCACCACAGCAACAGCAACAACAACAACAGCAGCCACCACCACCACCACAACAACAACAACAACAACAGCAACUGCAACUGCAGCAGCAGCAGCAACUGCAAUUUGCUUCGGCUCUGGCAAACAAUCAAGGUCCUCUCCAAUUGAGUGCAGCGACUCAGCCAGGAUCACUGUUGCCUGCGCCUCCACCACCACCACCGCAGCAACAGCAACAACUGUUGCCUCAGUACCAGCAAGUUCAACCAGGAAUUGCAGCUGGUCUUGCUCAAUACCAAAGCUCAAACACGAACCAACCACUGCAGCAACCAGUACAAGUACACCAGCCUCAGCAACAAAUUCCAGUACCCGCAUCACAAGCUCCUAAUCAGUAUAGUCAACAGCCCCCUCACCAGCCUCAACCUUCAAUGCAAGUGAAUCAUCCCGACACAUCACAGGCCAGUCCAGCUUUGCCGGCGUUGAAUAAUUCGAAUCCAUCAAGUGUUGCAAACAUUGAUACAAAGCCAACAUUGGAAUCGAAAAGUACCGAAGUGAAAGGAGGAAAUGCCGAAGAGUUGAAUAAACAACUGGAACAUGAUAAACCUCCGCAAGCUGUGAAAGCUGAAGCUUUUGGAAAUACACAAGUACAGCAAGAGACGCCAGUUCCAACCCCUCGUCCUGAGGAGCCAACUGUACCAGCACCAGCACCAGCACCAGCACCAGCACCAGCUGUUGCAAAGCUAGAAAAUGUGGAGUCUGCAAAGGAAAAGGAGUCUGCCCAGCAAGGACAACAGACGGAGACAAAGUCAGAGCCACAAGCAGAGCAGGCUCAACCCUCUGCUCCUUCCUCGAACCUGCAAUUGCCACUAGCUGGCCCUUCUUCAGAUGGUUAUGAGACUUUUCCAAAUAAUGGGAAGCGUGACUUGGAUGAUAAAGAAGACUCAGAAAGGAUUUUGAAAAAGAAGGAUGUGGAGGAUAAGAAUGCAAUUGCGACAGCCGCUACUUCUGAACAUGAACUUCAAAGUGAAAAGGAGGAGCCACCAAAACCAAUUCAACAGGAAGUGAAGAUUUCCUCCAAUUCCGGUGUUGAAGCUACCAAAGCAUCGGCUGAACAACCCAACCCAGGAACCCCAUCUUCAGCUGAAGUGCCACCAGUUCCAGCAGAAGCUCCCGCGGAAGUUCAAUCGGUGCCCCGUUUUUCAAGUAACGUGACUGGCAAAAAGGCGGAGGAAGAUGAGAGCAACUCCAAUGAACCAGAUGAUGUUGUCUCUGGUGCAAUUCCUGCAGGAAAUAAAGACAAGAAAGAUCGUGGUGGUGAUGGUGAACCUGUUGUACAGGACCAUCAUCAUGCUGGUGAGACUUCAGCAAGAGAAGAGAAGCAUGAAGAAGAGCGCAAGAAAUCGGAAGACAAUCAAGACGAUGCGAAGGCAAAUCAUGAAAAGAAGGAUACUGAGCAAGUCGAAGAAAGCAAACCUGAAGAUGGUGAUGACAAUGCAAAACAGGAUGCAAAGCAGGAGGAAAAUGCAGAGCCGCCAAUGAGACAAGUUGAAGAAGACGAGAAUUACGACGAUGAGUAA